GUGCAGCUUCGCAGACGCAAAUGCUCACACGCUCCCUUGCGCGGCUUUGGACACCGAAAUACUUCCGUGGACAGAAUCGUAAUGCCGCUCGCCACAUCGGACCACGACGCACGCGCACAAUAGAAUCCACAAGUCUCUCUUCUACGGCUACUUAUCCGACACCAGUGAAAGAGCGGAGGUCGGAAGCAACGCAAGUUCGAACUCGUCCUUCACUACACACACCCCUGAGCCGUAAAACUCGUCAGCAGUUGGCAGCAGCACCCGCAGUACCGGCGUUCUCUAUCGAUGUGAACGCUGCUGCCUCAGCAACCUCUACGACGCCUGUACUCCAGCUCGUGCAACAAGCUCAACAACUGCUGACGCAGCUUUCCCAGCCUUCUUCUGUUGUGUCGUCAUCAUCUCCGACGACAAUAACGGCUGAAGCGAUGCGCAACUACGUGGAGUUCACGGCACGGCGCGACGUCUUCGGCCCGUUGCGCCACUACCUGCCUCCCGCUGUAUCGUCGGCCGCCACGAGAGCCAGCGGUGCCGCCGCCCCACGUUUUCGACUGGUCCCUUCCACCACAGCGCCUGUCACAGCGGAUCCGUCUGCUCUACCAACGGCGAAAGACGAGGGGGUGCAGGCGUUUCGUCUCGCGGACCUGAUCGUGUUUCUUCAAUUAUACGAUUCUGUCGACGCUGAUGACGGCCAGCUGCUGGUGCAACUCAUGACAGAGGUGCACCGGCAGUUGUUCGCCUACGCGUUGGCGCAGAAGUCAACCGCGGAUGCACCUGGCACCAACUCACGCAAUCCGACGUCCGCCGAACAGGCAAAAAACAACACGGAUAAUUGCCGCAGCCGCGACCGGGGCGAUCAAUUGAGCAAACCAGUGGUGUACCUGCCUCUGCCAGCGUUACUCUUCACGAUGUCCUCAUUGGGACUUGUAGAGGAGGCCGUUUUAGAAUUGGUCACCACAGCGGCGGCCUCCACCGACGGCUCUCGAGCGCGGCGCGGGUUGCUGUAUCGGCAGCUGCCUCUCUACUCCUCCGAGGAGCUCAUCACGCUGCUCAUCGCGCUGCACCGCUUUGGCCAUUCGCAGCAGCCGUCCAUGAAGGCUGUCACCAAGACCCUACGUGCGUCGCUCUACAACCCCGCUACUGCAGCGAGUUCUUUUCAUCGCAUCAUGAAGGGCAUCAAGAAGCGCACGCAACGCACGGCAGGCACCGCAAACGCGGAAGCGGUGGAGGCGCAACUUCCCAAACUGCGUGUGGAGGGCGACGACGAAAGUGCAGAAGUCAACGUGGUGCGGACGCUUCAGUCGCACGUGGAGCUGCAGUCGUUGGUAGUCCAACUGCACAGCCCGCUGUUUUUAUUGCUGGAGGCGCUCACCGCUGCUGCCAUGACGGUCUACCGUCGCAGCGAUGUGAUCUCCUUCCUGUCCGAUUGGAUCGCUGUGACUGCCGUGAUGGAGCUCGCGGCGGCGCUGCGUUGCCCCGGCAGUGGCCGUUCUGUUCUUUCUUCCAGCACCUCCCAUCGGGUUCAGGAGGAAGCACAAGAGUACGUGCUCUUUGUGGCCCAUCAACUCCUGCGCGCGGCGAAGCUCACAGAGGAGAUGGAGCUUCCACAGCCGGUGCUGUCUGCGGUGUUCGCCUGGAGCUGCACGCUGUCCGGCAAAGGCGUCGUUGUCGAUGGCGGGGAGGACAGCAAGGUGCCGUCGGAGCGCGUGGCGUUCUAUGAUCACGUUACGGCCGACCUCAUCAAGGCAAAGCGCACCGAUUGA